GUUGAUUCUGCUCGUUGAUCCCCUUGCUUGUGCUGAGGUUCAAUCCAUCUACCCGCAGAGUCCUCAUCUGCUUAGAUCUGAGUGGCCAUGGCAUCGGUUCCCACCUCUGGGAAAUCCCAGGCGGGUGCUGUGCCACCAACGGCCACCGCCGUGGACGAUGCGAAAGAGAGCACGACACUACGAUUCGAAUGGACGGUCCGGGGACUGAAGAACCUGUUCGAAGGCAGCAAAGGGGAAGCCAAGUCAAAAGUCAUCAAGUCCCCAAGAUUUGGUGACGGACGAUGGCAAGUGCUGUUCUAUGUCAAUGCUGGUAUCGUCGGAACAGACGGCCAAACCUGGGUUAGCUUGUACUUGGCCUGCGAGCCCACACUAGCAGAGAAAGAAAACGCAGUCGACGGAAAGUGGGCCCGUGAAGGUCUCUUCAAUUUCAACUUUGAGAUCCGCAAUCCGAGCAAGACUAUCCAGUUCAACUACAAGGAGGCUCAUGACCACUCGUUCUACUAUCCCGGAGCACAAAACUGGGGAUGGUCUCAGUUCGCUCGCAGGGAUGUUGUAUACUAUCAAGCAAACACCGUCAGACAGCACGACGCAUUCCUGGUGAUAUGUGCAAUCACCGUGUCCGCUGCGCCGCCAGCACCAAUACCCACCAUCCCUCCGUAUACCGUCCCGAUGAACCUCUUGGACACUAUGGGUAGUCUUAUGGACGAUCCUAUAUACUCCGACGUAGAGUUCGUUAUCCCGCAGCGCGGGAGAGGCGAAUCUCGCAAGAUAUAUGCGGCCCGAAGGAUGCUUCAAAGAAUAGAGCACUUCAACGACAUGUUCAGCUCGGGGUUCGCAGAAGCAGCUCCGGUUGAUUCCGGGGAUGGCGACGCCCUCGACGACAGCCAACAAGACGAUGCCAGCGUUUCCAGCGUCACCGCAUAUGCCCGCCAUUUCGAUGACUCUGACUUCGAGGAUGACGAGGAGUCCGUUAUGCUCGAGAACGACCGCGACGAAACCGUAGAGCCUCCGCCACUCGACGAGCUCCGAAGUCCUACGCUCGCAGACGACCGGAAGCCGAUUUCCACAGAUGAUACUAGCAGCCAGAAACGACGCGCAGACGAUGAAGAAACGCCCUCCGAAGGUGAGCGCGAAAAUGCGGCGGAUGACGGAGAAGUCGCGCAGGCCCAAAGGAACACGCGUCCUAAGCUCUCGCAUCCCUCUUCCCCACGAAGUCGAAAUGUGGGGCUGGAACAACCUGCAGCACCUCUUAGUAUCGUCAAGCCAAAACCAGCCCGUACCAUCGCCAUCCCCGAAGUGCCAGGACCCAAGAAGUUGCGUGUGGUCGUGAAGGACGUUGCGUAUGCUACUUACCGCGCCGUGCUCUACUACAUCUAUACCGACAUGAUCGUAUUCGCGCCCCUCUCCUCCACCUUCCUCACCGUCUCGUCUGGGUCGCUCGCGCAAGGAGGGUCGUCUGUUCCCUCCACCCCGACGGCGCUCACGUCAGAAGGCCAAUCUUCGUUGGGAUUUCCUGGGUUCGGUGUGCGGAGUAACCAACAACAACCCUCUGAGACCGUGGCAUCGUCCACUUCGACCAUCGCAGGUCCGCGUACACGCAGGGACUGGGUUGCGGAUUGGGAGCGCAACAACCCUGGGCGACCCCGGCCGCCUUCCGCAAAGUCGGUAUACCGUCUUGCAGAUAGACUAGGUCUGCAAGAGCUGAAGGACCGUGCGUUCCGGCACAUCGUGAAGUCGCUCACGGUCGAGAACGUUGCUGUCGAGGCAUUUUCCGCGUUCUCUGCUGCGUUCGAGGACGUCCGAAAGGUCCAGAUCGCAUUCAUGUUCCAGAACUGGAUGGCGGUGCGCACGGGGGCACUGGCAAAUAUUGGGCAACUCCUCCGUAUCGGGAAGCUGCCUGGAUUUGAAGAAGUGUGGCCCAUGAUCUUGCAGAACCUGGUCGCGGAGGACAAGAAGGCUGAUCCAUCGACCUGACCAGUUGACUGCGAAGAUGCUCGUUGAACUCGAUAGCUUUGUCGCAUGCUUUGUAGGAUAUGUUCGCUGUGCAUUGUACGCUGUGUAUCAAUAGUUGC